UGUUACCUAAUUGGUAGAGUCCUGUAUGCAUGUUUAGUCUUGAACACCGUGUUAGUUUCUGCCCUGUUUCAACUAUGUAGUAGGCUAUGCCAAGCUCUACCUCACUCCCAUAUUGAAACGAACCCCACCCCCUCCAGGCAUUGCUUAGCCUUUGGGAUAUAAGUGUUCACAACUUAAAACAUCCCCAAUCCCUUCACCUAUAUGCGACUUCUUUGGUGCAACUCUUAUGUUUUAUGUUGCCUUCUAUGACAGUAAGUUGGUGACUAAUAGAAAUUUCUGAUUCAGCCACUCCAGACCAGGUCCUGUUCGAUUAAUAUCUGGCUGAAAUUUUGAAUAGGUUUGAAAAUGUCCCUGGAUAAGGAGUUGGUAUUAACAUGGUGGAUUGAUGUGGUCCUCUCCUUGCAGGUCUCCUUAGGUCAUCUCCUAACAGGUCUCCAUUAUUAACCGAUUGUUGACCCAGAGGUCAAACAAUCAAAUCAUCCAGAUUUAAUGCCACAAUCAGAAGAGCCACUGCCUGGAUUCCUACCUCAGGAUUUACUCAGGAUAUCGGAGGUGGAAAUGCGAGGAUCUGAAGAUGUUGCUGCAGGAACAGUGCUACAAAGGUUAAUCCAAGAGCAGCUACGUUAUGGCAACCCAAACGAGAAUAUGAACCUCCUGGCUAUACAGCACCAAGCCACAGGGAGUACAGGACCAACAAAUAUCGCCACCAAUACUGUUUCAUCCACAGACAACAUCCCUCACGAAGACCCACAAAUGGUCAACCAGUCAGCAAGGCAAGAACCUCAGGGGCAAGAACAUCACGUGGACAAUACCGUGAUGGAGAAGACAAUGAGGACCCCUCAGCACCAGCAAAACAGCGAGGAGUUACCAACAUACGAAGAAGCUAAGGCUCAGUCCCAGUUUUUCAGGGGCCAACAGCUGGCGCCUGUUACCUCUGGUUAUUGCGUUGCAGGACUAGUGGCUAAUCACAAAUCCAAAACCGAGGGGAGGCCAACUGUAAGCCGAGCGAGCAGCGGGCAGGCCCACCAGGAUGAAGCACUUAAAGAGCUGAAGCAGGGUCACGUUCGCUCUAUGAGUGAGAGGAUUAUGCUGUCCCUGGAGAGGAAUGUAGCUAAGCAGCACCCUUCUACCUCAGGUAGCAUCAAGGGACUUAAAAAUGGAGCUCCAUCACCAAUCCAGCCCCCUGCAAAAGAGAUGGAGCAGAGAGGGCCUCCUCCUGACUAUCCUUCCAAGGUUAAACACAUAGUCAGUCCCAUGAACAAAAUGCAAGAACAGGGGCAUUAUUACAAUGAACAGCAACACUCUGGGGCUCAGCUGGCCAUACAGCCAGCCAGGAGUGAAGUUCUACGAUACCAGCACCAGCACCCUCCCGAGUAUAAUAUAAGCAGCCGACAAUGUCAGCAGCUUCCGUUCCCUUUGGUACCUCUGCAGCAUCACAGCCCCAUGUCCUCCCAGGCCUCGUCCAUCAGUGGCUCCUUGCACUCUAAUACUCCCCUGCCGCUGUUACCGAUGAACAUGCCACCCCACCCUUCUCCAUCGCCCAGCCAACUGCUGCCCCCUGAAGCUUUUGCCAUGGUGGAGAGGGCCCAGCAGAUGGUGGAGAUGGUCUCCAAAGAGAACAACACCCUGCGUCAGCAUUUGCAGACCUGUUACGACAAGACGGACAAGCUCCAAAAGUUCGAAACAGAAAUCAAGAAGAUUUCCGAGGCCUACGAGUGUCUGGUAAAGUCUUCGGCGAAGAGGGAAUCGUUGGACAAGGCCAUGAAAAACAGACUUGAGGGCGAGAUUCGGAGGCUGCAUGAUUUUAAUCGGGAUUUAAGAGACCGCCUGGAGACCGCCAACAGGCAGCUGGCCAGCAGGGAGUAUAAUGGGCCGGAGGAAGCACUGGAAGAGGGGAAUUAUGCAUUAAAAAACAAAGAGCACUUCAAGGAAAAGGAAAGGCUGGAGAGGGAAUUGGCAGCUCUGCGGACAACUAGCGAGGAUCAGAGGAGACACAUUGAAAUCCUAGACCAGGCUCUGAAUAAUGCCCAGGCCAAGGUGAUCAAACUGGAAGAGGAGCUACGCAAGAAACAAGUUUAUGUAGAAGAGGUGGAAAAACUGCAGCAAGCGCUGACCCAGCUACAGGCUGCGGGGGAGAAGCGAGAACAACUGGAGAUGCGACUUCGUACCCGGCUAGAGAGAGAGUUGGAGUCGCUAAGGAUGCAGCAGCGGCAGACAAACUGUCAGACAUCCGGCAGCCCAGAGUACAAUGCCCCCAUGCUGAUGGAUCUGCUGCACAAGAAGGAAGAGACUAUCUUAGCCCUGGAAGCUGAUAUGACUAAGUGGGAGCAGAAGUAUUUGGAGGAGAGCGCCAUGAGACAUUUCGCUAUGGAUGCCGCAGCCACAGCAGCUGCUCACAGGGACACGACCAUUAUAAACCACUCACGGAGCGGCAGCCACAAUGAUAGUUCACUGGAGGUGCGGACGUGGCAGGAGGAAGAAGAGAUCAUUCAGGCCAACCGGAAAUUCCAAGAUAUGGAGCACACGAUCAAAAAUCUGCAUGCGAAAAUAAUUGAGCAGGAUGCUAUGAUUAAAGUGCUCCAUCAGCGCUCACGGAAGGAUCCGGCGAAAAAUGACAGCUCCAGUUUACGCCCGGCCCGCUCCGUACCUUCCAUAGCCGCAGUGACUCUGGCGACCGCAAGUACCGGAGUCCAUUCGAGGCAGACAUCGCUGAGCAGCAAUCAGGCGGCCGAGGAGAAGAAGGAAGAGAAAGGCCGCAAGGGAAGUAUAGGUCUGCAUCAGGGCAAGGACCACCGUGAAAUCCCAUCUCCUUCCUUGCUGCUUCCCCUGCCAUCUUUGUUUAUGCCUCCCCCAACACCACCAGUGACCGCAUCACAUGCCAAAACAGGCAGCAAAGACAACAGCACCCAGACGGACAAGAACCCUGAGCUGUUUUGGCCAAACACUGCUUCGUUCCCAGGCAGGGGUCGGAUAAACAUGACUCCCUCAAGCAGCCCCUUGCUACGGCACACUGCCAACAAAGCAUAUGAGAAGCCAGAUAAUUCCCCUGUUCUUGGAAAGACUCCCGAUCACAGGGGACGAGCCGCCAACACUGCCCACAAGAACGACUUCCCAGAAGCGGAAAACACAAUGGAAGUCCUUAUUUAAAGACAUUUAUUGUACAGAAGCCCUCUCCCCUAAUGACAGUGCCCUACGGACAAGCCGUGUUGGAGACAGCUAACGGGAAGGUCAUGGUUUGGCAAGUGGAAAAAAGAGAUGGUGGAAAAUGAAAAGCAACAGGCGGUAGCCACAAGUUUUCGUUUGAAAGGCCUUGGUAUGUCAUUGGCUGGAGUCAUGGAGAAGGCAAAGACUUAUCCCCAUUGUAUGGGUUUUAAUAAUUUGCAUGACAUUUUAUAUUUCUGUCCUGCAGCUACAUUUCACAUUUGUAUUGAGUUGCCCAUUAAAUAAGGCACGACAGCCUUUGACUUAAAAAA